GGGAGUGCGCCUCUCUUUCCGUACUUCAGUGGGAGGCUCUGCGCAGUCGCACCAGAGCCCCGCCCACCCUGUCAAUACUCUUACUUCCUGAUCGCUCCUAAUUGCCGAGGCACCCUAGGUCUUGCUUGACGUCCUCACCUCCUUAUUCCUUCACCGCCUCUUCUGAGAGUGAUAAACGAAGACAAGUCGGAGGGCUGGCGGGUGCACAGCAGCUGUUUUCGUGGCUCGUAGGCAAAGGGCUUUCCAGUACCAAGCAACGUCCGGGCCUCUUUCUCUGGGAUUAAACUUCUACCCGGCAACAGACGCGCCAACCCCGCCUUCCGCCUCUCUGAUUGGCCAUCUUGAAUCGUAGUCUGUUGCUCUGAUUGGUCGUCUGUUAUCGUGCGGCUUUUUUUCCUAUUGGAGAAGUGGCCGGGAAUUUUUUUUUUUCCGGGUUGGUCCGCUGGGGAGGCGGGGUCGUUUCUGCGGGAUUACUUUUCUGGACUCAUUUCUGAUUGGGUGAUGUGACGCAAUGCGCGCGCCCCGUUAGACGCCAAACUGCUACCAGGCCGGGUCUUUUCCUGUCCGUGCGCCGGCCCUUAAACUGAAUCGCAGGAGGAGACUUCCGGGCUUGGGCCACUGCAGUAGUGCGGCUGUUGGGCUUGCCAGUGCACACGACCUCUUCUGCCUUGUCAGCGGAACAGGGGCUCAGGCCUCAUUCACUUCGCUCCUUCAGUUAACAGCAGAGACAUCGACAAAUGCUUGUUGAAUAAAGAGAAAUAAAGAGUUGGGAAGGAGCGAAACCUUUUUGACCUGUUUCAGUUGUUCCCGCCUACUCCAUCUUCUUCCAGGUCAGGGGGUGUGCCUCAGAGAAAGAAGGGAAAGAAUUUUUAGCUGGGCCUUUGAAUUUUCCUAGAGUCUAUACUCACGCCAGAAUCUCUUCUUUUGAAAAUCAUCAUUUGGUCUAUGGCUUCAUUACCUCCACAUUAUUCCUUUUUUUGCGGAACUUGUGGAAACUGAAAAGAGGAGGGUCAAUAGGACUGUAGUCCUAUCAAACAUCAAAGCUCAAAUCCUCCUGAAGGAGAGUAAUUUUCUGCUACUUUGUAGUAGACGUCCCAAAGCAAUAAUUUUGAUCCCAAAACCACAGUCUCAGUUGAUCCUUCAUUUAACAAUUCUAAGAGUCAUGGAGAAGCGCCUACAGGAGGCUCAGCUAUUCAAGGAGGAAGGGAACCAACGCUACCGAGAAGGGAAGUACCGAGAUGCUGUGAGUAGGUACCACCGAGCUCUUCUUCAGCUGCGGGGCUUGGAUCCAAGUCUGCCUUCCCCGAUACCCAGUCUAGGACCUGAGGGCCCAGCUCUCACGCCGGAGCAAGAAAACAUACUGCACACCACUCAGACAGACUGCUACAACAACCUAGCUGCCUGUCUCCUCCAGAUGGAGCCAGUGAACUAUGAACGAGUGAGGGAAUACAGUCAGAAAGUCCUAGAACGACAACCUGAUAAUGCCAAGGCCUUGUAUCGGGCUGGAGUAGCCUUCUUCCAUCUGCAGGACUAUGACCAGGCUCGGCACUACCUGCUGGCUGCUGUCAAUAAGCAACCUAAAGAUGCCAAUGUCCGGCGAUACCUCCAGUUGACACAAUCAGAACUCAGCAGCUACCACAGGAAAGAGAAGCAGCUGUAUCUGGGCAUGUUUGGUUAAUGAA